AUGGAGAUCCCCAACAGCACGACGGCAGCCGCGGCCAACGGCAGCCAGCCGGCGUCCAGCCCGGCGCCCGCGUUCAGCCUGGGCUACCAGCUGGGCACGUCGGUGGCGCUGGGCGCGCUAAUCCUCUUCGCUGUGCUGGGCAACGUGUGCGUGAUCGCGGCCAUCGCCCUGGAGCGCUCCCUGCAGACGGUGGCCAACUACCUGAUCGGCUCGCUGGCCGUCACCGACCUGAUGGUGUCGGUGCUGGUGCUGCCCAUGGCCGCCCUGUACCAGGUGCUGGGCAAGUGGACGCUGGGCCAGGUGACCUGCGACAUCUUCAACUCGCUCGACGUGCUGUGCUGCACCUCGUCCAUCCUCCACCUGUGCGCCAUCGCCCUGGACCGCUACUGGGCCAUCACCGACCCCAUCGACUACGUCAACAAGCGCACGCCCCGCCGGGCCGCCGUCCUCAUCAGCCUCACCUGGCUGAUCGGCUUCCUCAUCUCCAUCCCGCCCAUGCUGGGCUGGCGCACGCCCGAGGACCGCUCCGACCCCAACGCCUGCACCAUCAGCAAGGACCCCGGCUACACCAUCUACUCCACCUUCGGCGCCUUCUACAUCCCGCUCAUCCUCAUGCUGGUCCUCUACGGGCGCAUCUUCAAGGCGGCCCGCUUCCGCAUCCGAAAGACCGUGAAGAAGCAGCCGCAGCAGCAGCAGCAGCAGCAGGACAAGGAGGCCGACACUUGCCUCUCCGCCUCGCCCGUCAGCGAGCCCAAGCGGAGCAACGGCGCCCCCCCGCAGCUGGCCAGGGGCUGCCGAAACGCCCUGGAGCCCAAAGGGGCGGCUGGCUCCUGUCUCAACGGCACCGUCCGGCAGGGAGAGGACGGCCCGGUGGCCCCCUCCACCUUGGAGAUCCUCGAGGUGACGCCGUCGAACUCCACCAAGGGCCACCUGCCCCUGCCCAACCACCACCACCACCACCACCAUCCCCUUCCCCAAGGCGGGGCCGCCACGCCGGCCACCGAGCGCAAGAACGAGCCCAAGAACGCCGAGGCAAAGCGCAAGAUGGCCCUGGCCCGCGAGAGGAAGACGGUCAAGACCCUGGGCAUCAUCAUGGGCACCUUCAUCCUCUGCUGGCUGCCCUUCUUCAUCGUGGCCCUGGUGCUGCCCUUCUGUGACUCGGGCUGCUACAUGCCGGAGUGGCUGGGCGCUGUCAUUAACUGGCUGGGCUACUCCAACUCGCUCCUCAACCCCGUCAUCUAUGCUUACUUCAACAAAGAUUUCCAAAGUGCUUUUAAGAAGAUCGUCAAGUGCAAGUUUUGCAGGCAGUGAGGGAGCGGGGGAGGAGAAGCGCCGGCCAAA